AUGACCGGUCCGGCCGUCGGAGUGAACAUGAUGGGUUAUGCUAACAUGGACCAAACCACAGCCGGUAUCCAUUUCAGGCUAAGAGCCAGGGCUUUCAUUGUUGCCGAGAGUUCCCAAGGUCCAAGGUUCGCUUUUGUCAAUCUUGACGCCGGCAUGGCUUCUCAGCUUGUCACCAUAAAACCGGCGAUUCUUCCAAUUCAAAUGCUAAGAUUGGGAAAGCUAAUCAUCCUUUCCGUACCAGGAGAGUUCACAACAAUGGCGGGGCGGCGACUAAGGGAGACAAUUAAGGAGACACUGAUAAGUAAUGGAAAUGGAGAAUUUGACGAUAACAUAGAGGCUGUAAUAGCGGGACUCACAAAUACUUACUCUCAAUAUGUUUCAACGUUUGAAGAAUGCAAGCAACAACGAUACGAGGCUGCCUCAACCCUCUAUGGUCCAUACACACUAUCAGCAUACAUGCAAGAAUUCAACAAACCAGCCAAAGCCAUGGCAAAAGGAGAAAAGAUCAUCACCAAGGGUCCCUCACCACCAGAUCUUUCAUCCGUACAGCUCAAGCUUGUACUUGACCCUUUUGGAGAUUCACCUCCUCCUGGAGUAAACUUUGGCAACAUGAAACAAGACAUUAUUGGCGGCACAUUCAGAAAGGGAGGGACAGCAAGUGCCACAUUUUGGAGCGCAAACCCAAGAUACGACUUGCUGACAGGAGGCACAUUUGCAGUUGUAGAGCUACUUCAACAGAAACGGUGGGUUCCUGUUUAUGAUGAUGAUGAUUUCUCUCUGUAUUUUAAGUGGAGUUUAGAUAACAACAGCUUGUAUAGCACGACAACCAUUGAGUGGGAAAUACCAAAGGAGGCAAGUUCCGGGGUGUACAGGCUAAGGCACUUUGGUUCUGCAAGGAAAACACAAGACUCCCCCAUCAACUACUUCACUGGGGCUUCUACUACCUUUACAGUAUCAUAG